AUGAAGCGUGAGCAGGACUCCAAUCAAAUUUGCCGGAUGGAAAGGAGAUUUGUAUAUAUGCACAACAGGCACCUCUCUAGCCACGGAGAGAGAGAUCAUGUUGACGGUAAUCGCGAUUCUGCUCUGUGUGGCUUACUGCACGCACGAACAAAGCCUACAGCUGUGGGGAUCACGAGUCAUUGGAAGGCCGAUGGGAAGGUCGGAUGUCAUGAACUAUCGGAUCCCUACAUUCUAUGUACAGCCACAAUCACCGUGGAUGACGUGAAUCGACAAAAGAGUAUUGAUAUUUAUCAAGAUGUGAGAUAUGACUCCCUAUUUUUAACAGCCUUCUUCGUCCCAUACUGCAAUUUCUCACAACCUGGGAAAGCCGAUUUAGUGAAAAAUACAAGUUCAAAUCUGCGGAUUUUCCGCGGAACAUUUUCUAUUCCACCUGGAGUGGAGUAUGAAACAUUUAGUUGGGUUACUACUACUUCGGGUUUGUCAGUGUCCGUGGAUUAUACCCAAAAUGGUGAGCACGUCACCGGAAGUGGCGGAAUGCAAUCGCCUGCUCGGGUCAGUGCUUGUGCUGACGUUUGUGGGGAUGUAGCAACGCGGUGGACAAAUGAAGUGCACCCUUCGGUACUACAUGCAACCGAAGGUUCUGCUCUCGCCUAA